UUCAUUCGUUGGUAGCUACUUUUCAGUUUUCCCUCUCAUUCUCAUCUCCUCACUCACUCUGUUUGUCUUCAAACAUCUCCACCAUCCUUCCUUGCCACAUUAUUAAUUCCUACCUUCAUUCUUUCUCUCUCUCUGUCUCUCUUCUCCGUCGGUUGUUGCUGGUCGGAGCAGGGAAUCGGAGGUAGCGAAACAUUCUUGAAUUCACCGAAAUUCUUACAGUGUCUGAGAAUAUUUUUCGAGCGCAGGAAGGAAGGAGAAUUGCUUUUUUGUUGAGCUCUUUUUUCCAUCGUUUGGGUUAGGGAGAAUCUGCUUAUUGCGAUGGAAGGAGCUUUCGAACAUGAGGAAAGGGAUUAUGUCAGGAAGGAGAAAGAGGAAGAAGAAGAAGAUAGAGGCGCGGGAGAAAUGGAGGAGCAAUCAUCUCCACGUGGCAUUCUGGAGGUACACGUGUCGGGUUCGGAUUCGGACAACAGCGGCAGCCUAAUGGACAGCCGGAGCAGCAGCUUCGGCGGCGAAAAGUCACCGGAGACGGCGGAGAAAGCGGCGGCCGCCACCGCCGAAGCCGAUUGGAGCUACGGGAAUUUGAAUUGGAAGAAAUUGCUAGGGCAGGUUAAGAAGUCGUCGCCGACAUGGAGAUUCUCGAACAUUCCUGUCCUCGCAGGUUAUAAUCUGUCCAAAAAGUCGGGGAAGAAGUCGAGGAGCCGAGUGUCGGUCGACGCCCUCGAUUGCGGCGAUUUCGUGAUGCCCAAACCGUCGUGGAGGAACUUCACCUACGAUGAACUCAAACAAGCCACAGAUGAUUUCAGCCCCGAUAAGUUGCUCGGGAAAGGAGGGCACGCCGAAGUGUACAAAGGGAGCUUGUCGGACGGUCAAGUUGUCGCCGUGAAGAAGAUAAUAAAGGAGCAAAAAAAUAACGAGGAUAAGAUUCGCGAUUUCUUGACUGAGCUCGGGAUUCUUGCACACAUUGACCAUCCGAAUGCUGCAAAACUGAUCGGUUUCGGUUGCGACAGGGGCUUGUUUCUUGUCCUCCAGUUUUCACCACACGGAAGUCUCGGAACUGCGCUGCACGGUUCCGAUGAAGACAGUAUGGACUGGCAAAUUCGAUACAAAGUGGCGGUUGGAAUUGCCGAGGGGUUAGAGUAUCUGCACUGUGGCUGUCAAAGGCGAAUAAUUCAUCGAGACAUAACAGCCUCGAACAUACUGCUGUCUGAAGAUUACCAGGCCGAGAUAUCCGAUUUCGGGCUGGCGAAAUGGCUGCCGGAGAAUUGGGCUAACAUCGUUGUUUCGCCAAUUGAAGGCACUUUUGGGUACAUGGCUCCCGAGUACUUCAUGCACGGGAUAGUUCACGAGAAGAGCGACGUAUUUGCCUUUGGAGUUCUCCUGCUCGAGCUUAUUACAGGUCGCCGUGCAGUUGAUUCCAGCCGGCAAAGCCUCGCAAUAUGGGCGAAGCCCCAUCUCGAUCAAAACAAUGUUAAGGAAAUAGCAGAUCCUCGACUAGGAGAUUCCUACGAUGUUGUCGAAAUGAAGCGCGCCAUGUACACAGCCUCUGUUUGCAUCAACCACUUGCCUAAUAUGCGACCAAACAUGACGGGGGUUGUGCAGCUGCUGAAGGGAACGCACGAGGGCAUAGAGAUGAAUCAAAGAUCCGCGACCGAAAGAACAAUGCUAUUCGAUACUUGCGACGUUGAGGGCUAUACAUCUUCGACGUACCUCAAGGACUUAAACCGCCACAUGGAGCUUGUUAUGGAGUGAAGCGCGGCCACCCCCUCGAUCGAUCCCCGGCUGUCUUCUUCAGGCAAGCAAUGGUGUGAAUCACAACUGAUGUUGUCCUAAUGUGUGUGUGUAUAUAUAUAUAUUACUCUGCAGGCAUUGCAGAACAAACAAUGAGAAGAGCUAGCCUUAAAGUUUCCCAAGCUUUUCUCGUUAUUACUUAAGAACAGAAAAAAAAACCUCGCCGCCGGCUAGUUCGAAAAACGGCGCAGACGAUCGGCUACCUUGUUAAGGAAGAAGCAUGAUGGAUUGAUUUGAUUGUAUGCAUACAUAAUAUAAAGUAGUAGUAAGUUCUGCCUCGUGUUUUCUUCUUAGGUUUUGUUCUUUGCUUAGGAAAUGGUGAGUGUUGUUUGGAUCGAUCGCAAUGUUUGUCUGGUUGUCUGUCUGUCUGUAUGUUUGUUAUCGUCAAUCCAAAGUAUGAUAUGAUUAGAUUACUUUUGUAUUCGAAAGUACUCAUGCAAGAGUACAAGUUUGUCUCUGCACAAAAGUUGCAUUCUUGGUUUAAUUUUUAUUUCUUUUUUAUCCACACACGCACU